UUAAAGGGGGAGGGGGGCGGCGAGCCAGCCGGGCGGCCCCCCAGGGGAGCUGGCGCUCUGGGAGGAGGAGGUGACGGCGGCGGCGGCGGCCGUUGCGCCGCGACCGAGAGGAGCCGGUCGCGCCGGGCGGCCGGUCCGUGGCCGGCGGGGGAAGAUUUGAGAAAGACCUGAUCAGCUGGAAUUAAAGUUGGUACAAAACCUUUUCAACUCCAAAAAUGUUGGAGGAAGAUAUGGAAGUGGCUAUCAAGAUGGUGGUUGUUGGGAAUGGAGCCGUUGGAAAAUCAAGCAUGAUUCAGCGAUAUUGCAAAGGCAUUUUUACAAAAGACUACAAGAAAACCAUUGGAGUUGAUUUUUUGGAGCGACAAAUCCAAGUUAAUGAUGAAGAUGUCAGACUAAUGUUAUGGGAUACAGCAGGUCAAGAGGAAUUUGAUGCAAUAACAAAGGCCUACUAUCGAGGAGCCCAGGCUUGUGUGCUUGUAUUUUCUACCACAGACAGGGAAUCUUUUGAAGCAAUUUCCAGUUGGAGAGAGAAAGUAGUAGCUGAAGUUGGAGAUAUACCAACUGUACUUGUACAAAACAAGAUUGAUCUCUUGGAUGAUUCCUGUAUAAAGAAUGAGGAAGCUGAAGCACUGGCAAAAAAGCUAAAGCUAAGAUUCUACAGAACAUCAGUGAAAGAAGAUCUAAAUGUGAAUGAAGUUUUUAAAUAUUUGGCUGAAAAAUAUCUUCAGAAACUCAAACAACAAAUAGCUGAGGAUCCAGAAUCAAUGCAUUCAAGUAGUAACAAAAUUGGUGUCUUUAAUACAUCUGGUGGAAGUCACUUGGGUCAGAAUUCAAGUACCCUUAAUGGUGGAGAUGUCAUCAAUCUUAGACCCAACAAACAGAGGACCAAGAAAAACAGAAAUCCUUUUAGCAGCUGUAGCAUACCUUAAAAUGUUUAGGGAAGAAAAGGAUUGACUAUAUUGUGCAAUUCAGUAAGAGCUAUAUCCAGCUGUCAUGAUGUUACAAAUUUUUUAGCAGACUUUGCACCUAAUGGCUCUCUGAAAGUUGACAGACUUAAAUAUUGUUUGCCAGUGCUUUUCAGUAUGGAGUAAGAUCUUUGGUGGAAAAGUUACUGCCCUGUGGACUUAUUUUAAUUUUUUACAUUAGACGACGCUUCUCCUGUUUUUGAAGGAAUGCUGUAAGAAAUGUCAAAAACAGGUUUUGCUGAAUUUUAAAUGCUGGAAAACAUAAAUGAAAUGCCUAAAUAUAUUGGUACAGAUUUUAUUAUUAUGGGUAAAGGAAAGAUAGCAAGCAUUCUUUUUCUGAAAUGGGUCAUCUAGCUUUUCUAGAAAAUAGUAUUGAAUCCAAAUACUUAAAAAAAAUAAUAUUGAAUGGUAAACCCUAAAUCUUGUCAGACUGCAUUGGUGUGUAUUUUGGCAAUGUUACUUGUGCAAUAUCUGUAUAAUGUGGAAUGUGGAGGUAUGCAUGCAGAUAUCUGGUACUGAAGUAAACUGAAGGUGUGCGCAGUGUUUAAGGAAACAGAAUCUAAUUAAUUCAUUCAUUGAACCAUUUACACAUCGUAUGUAUGUUAAAAGUUUUUAUUUUCAAAUAAGAAAUUCCAGACAUAUUUUGCAAAGGAGAUGCGAUUAAAAAGUGCUUUGUGCCAAAAGUACCAUACCUAAUUUUUACAGUGCUUUACUAUCAGAAUUUAUAUUGCUUAUAAUAUCUUUUAAAAGCAGUUUUCCUCUCUGACAGGGUAGAUAAAAGAGGAGUAUAAAUGGUUUAAUGCUAGAGUUUCUCUCAGGUGAGACUUGUUGCAGAUCUUUUUCGUAUGUUCAUCCAUAAGCAUGGUGAGCUUGUGCUGGCCAAGUCCUUAAGAAGAUACACAGCACAUCUGCAGUUAUUCCUUAGGACCUGUGAAGUGUGGUAGGGCAUCUAACACUUUUGCUGCUGACUGAAGAUGCAAUUUUGAACUUUUAGGGUUAUGCUAACAAUGUUUUUAAAUGCACAGAGAUGAUCUUUUGUCAUAAUCCACAUUAUGGAUUUUAUAAUGCCCUACAACUGUAAAGCAUCUUUUUGUUUACACAUUUUUGUAUGGUAUUUUAAGAUUAUCACUUAAAAAUUUCUAUAACCUUUGGUUUGUAUAGCACUUUCUCAAGACCUCUGUCAGGACCAGAUACAAAAUAAUUUCUUUUUUAAUAUGUAAUCAUGUGGCAGGGUAUAAAUUUUGUGACUUGGGACAAUAGCUUUCUAAGAUAAUUGCAUGAACUCUGUUAAAACUGAUUACCUGGUUUUUACAGGAUUUCAAAAUAUGUAAAAAUAACUUUUCUUGGAAAAUGUGUCAAAGUCCUUUUUCAUUGUACUAAAUGCAUCAUGUUUUAUAUAUUCCUUUUGAAUUUUUUUUUUUUUUUUUUUUGAAGUCUUCCAUCUAUACCACUCUCAUACUUCUGUCCAGAUUAAUGUUGAGAACCUAAUAGAAUUUUCGGGGGCAUGUCUUUGUUAAGUGGUCAAGAGUGGAUGUUUGCUUUUCAUAACAUUGAAAUAAUCUGGCAUUAUCUAUUUCAAAGUAAUACAAAAUGUUUAUUUUUGUGUCACCAGUUGUCACCACUCCCAUUGUUGGCAGUGGGAUAGAUGUUGGGGAAAAACUCAGUUCCUCACAAUGGGUACCUGCUAGUGAUUCAUCUUUCCUUUUCUACUCUCCUGAAACAUACAGUCUUUUUAAUUUUUGCACAAAAUUUAGUAGGCGUCAAAUAGUCUUUAGUAACAGAAAAAUCACAUUAUGUUCUAUGGUGUAGUUCUAUUUCAUAUUAAUUAAAUGUGUGGGUAAAAGUUUGUUACUUUUAUAUAUAAACAAUGUAAUAAUCUGAUGAUGGUUGCAAUUCCUCUGAUAUUUGUAAUAUAAUUUUAUGUACUUAGUUUUGUCCUUUUUUCCCUUUAUAAAAACUGAAGAGAGAUCUUUGUUAUACAUUUAAAUUUUUAAUUUGUUCUUCUGUAUUUUAAAUUUAACCUUAAUCAUUUAAAAUAAGUAGGCUUGAAAAUCAGCCACAGGUGAUAUGUUAAAUACUUUCACAACUUAAUUAUAAAACCUUCUAAAUUGACAUUAAUUUUUUUUUUCCCUUGACACUUUUAAAAUUCUGUUAAUUUUUAAUGAACUGUGGUUGCUAAAGAAAACUUGUCUAAGACUCCAGGAUGUUGUGCAUUUGUGCUCUAAUGUACUUUUUUGCGUUAUAACUAAUUUUUAGCACACAGAUGUAUAGCUGUGGAAUAAUUGUAAUAUUUCAAAGUUUCUAAGGUAUCCUUUUCCUUUCAGUUUCCCUAUUGAAUUAAAUAGCAUACAGAAUACCCCAUAAUAGGCAACAUAGUUAAAUAAAACCAGGCUAAAUGGUUUCCAUUUCAUCUGCCCAAAGUUUAUAGCACACAUGUACUUUUUCAAAAUAAAGUAAAACUGACACUAACAAAAAAAGAAUGAACACUUUUCCUCAUUGUGGAGUGAAGUGAGACGGUUGCUUCAGAAGUUGGCAAUGCAGUGCUUAGAAAGAACUCUCAACACACUCCAUUGUGCCUGUGCCUUUGAGGAGCUGGGAUCUUUUUUGAAGAUCUUACAAUGGGAAACAGACCUCAGGACCGAAUGUUCCAAGUUAAAGUGAACUGCUUUAAUGUAAAAUAUGGUAGUUAAUGUCCUUUUCAAAACCUUUGAAACAGUUACUGGUAACUUGCUGAAAUGCUCCACUUACUAUAUUAUUUGGGUAUCUGUUUCUCUGAAAACUGUAAAAAUCUGUCCCACACUGUAGAGUCAAUCUAAUGAACAGAUUUAUUCAGUUUUAACUGUUAGUCAUAAAUACCAUGUGUACAUUUCUCUUUAGGUUUACACCCUAAAACAUGUAAGCCUAUCAUACAGGUGAAUUUAUUUGCUAACAAAUAUUUAAAACCACAGUGGACUCUGAUAUAUCCAAUCACCUAACUCCCAGGUAACUGGAUGGUUUGGCUGUAAUAACCUUUAUUAAGUAGUGCUCCUUUUCUUCUCUCUUGAAUUAUCUAUAGCAGAAUGUUGGUGAGUAGUCUUAAAAAUAAAAACUUUAGAUUAAAAAAACCUGAACCCCUUCUAUAUUUUUAUUACUAUUAAAUAAUGCUUUUACAAAUUUGAAUGGAAAACCACUUGUAAGUAUUGCUAUUGAGUUACAGUUAAGCCCUUGAGUUUAAUUUAAAAUAUACUACAUAAAAAUUUCAUGAAGAUGAAUUCCAGUAAUCAAAAACUAAAUGCAUUUCAUAGCUAGAAUUUUGUAUGAUAAUGUAUCACCAAUGUGGAACCAAACAGUAAAAGGUAUAAUAUGACUUCUUUAAGAAUCAAAAUAACUUAAAAAUAUUUCAUAUUUCA